AUGGCCGUGGAGGCCGGCAGGAGGCUGCUCGUGCAGUGGGGGGAUGGGCAGGACUGGCAGGCCCGCGUCGCCAUCGCUCCCGCCACCGCCGCCGAUCUGCAGGCCAUCAUGGAAGUUCAAGCGACUCCCGAACAGAUAGCAGCAGGGAAGAUAUGGUGGUGCGGGACCCCGGACGGCGACGCCUACCCUCACUGCCUGGACGUGGGCCCGCUCAGCGGGUUGAUCCUGUGCGACGACGAGGGCCGGCCCGAUCGGGCGACGUUCCUCGGCACACGAUUCACCAACCGCACGCGCGUGUAUGGCUCGGACUGGAGCGCCACGCCGCUGGAGUUCGCCAAGAUGAUCAAGCUGUGCAUCGGCGACCAGUGGCUGGAGCCCCGGCUGGCAGUAGUGGCAGCUGGGGGUGGAGCGGUGGCGAAUCUGAUUGAGGUCGGAUCGCGGGUUCUGCCGCCCCCGACCCCCGACGGCUGGCAGGUCGUCUGGAGCACGGGCGGCACCCCGCGCAAGACUCUGCUGGGCAACCUGAACGUUGACGAGUUCGCUGUCUGUGACGUGGGUGCGCUCGCCGUGAAGGGCUCAGAGGUGCUGUUGCUGCGGAGGAGCUCAGGUGUCGAUGAUGACUUGGACUCGGACGCCCGCGUGCUCAGCAUCGUCCAGAGCCCGAGUGGUGAGCGACGGACCGCCCGGUGGUGUCUCGACUUCAUCGCUGAGCAGGACACCCACCCCCGCGCGCGACACACGAAAUGGAGACAUGAAGCGGGGCUGGGUGGUCAGGACAUCGGUUGUCAGGACCAUGCGCUGGCGAUGAGAAUGAUAGAGCUCGCCGUGGUGUACGACCAGCUCAACAUCACAGAGCUAGGGUUGCAGCAGAAGGUGAACGCCCAGGCCGCCGAGAUCCGCAGGCUGAUGGACAAGGUCGGUGACCGAGCUGCGAGGAGCCGCCUCCGCAAGAAGGAGCACCUCCACGCCUGGACGCAGGAAGUUCUGGUUUCAAUUAAUGAGCUGUAUGGCCACGGGUCGCUGCCCGCCGACGGCAAGUCUUCGCUCGCGCAGGAGUGCGGGCUGGAGCAUGUCAGGCGCGUGGUGGAGGACGCCGGGCCACCGCCAGCUUGCACCGCCGCGGCAGCCCACCGAGAGCUGUGCGGACCUGGGCACGGCUACGUCUUCGAGCCGGAGCACAUUGCGUCCUACGACUGGUCCCUGGUCUCUCUGCCGAAGGGGGGCGGCCUCGCUGAUGGGGGCCGCAUCCUGGAGGGAGAAGCUUUGCAGCAAUGGGUAGGAUGGAGGCAGCUGUUGAAGCGACAGCCCGAGGGCGGCAGCCAGGCGCCCAAGCCCCACUACGACGGCAAGUUUCGUUCCCGAUCUACCUGCGCCCAGUUCGUCGGCGACCUGUUGGAUGCCGGCGUGGUCUCCCUGACGCAGCAGCGGGAGGAGACGGUGGGCGCCUUCUUUGUGCACAAAUCGAAUGGUAUGCAGCGCUUAAUUAUUGACCCUCGGCGUGUCAAUGACUUGUUUGAAGCUCCAGCGCACACAGUGCUCCCGACAGCGGGGGCUUGGUCAGCGUUGGAGGUCCCCAUGGACCAGGAGUUGCACCUCGCCCAGGCCGACGUGGACAACGCGUUCUACAGGAUCGGCUUGCCGCGGGGGGCGCAGGAGAUGUUCGUUUUGAGAGCUGUCCACCUUCCCACCCUGCUGAAGCUGAGGCCUGACCUGUCAGACCAGCUGCCGCCAGGGAUCGAGGCGUGGGCGUCACCUUGCCUAGAGGUGCUUCCCAUGGGGUGGACAUGGAGUCUCUACUUUUGCCAAUGCAUGGUGAUGGCUGGUGUUCAGGCCGCUGGCUUCGCCCUGUCCGACUUCAUCCAGGAUCGCCGUGCAGCCCCUUCGGUGACGGACCGCAACCGUGUGGCCGUCUACGUGGACGGAGUUGCUGUGGUGGGGCUGGAGGCUAACCUGGUGACCUCCGACUGCGAGCGGGUCGCCGCGAAGCUGGAGGCGCUGGGUCUGAAGUGCAAGGGCGUGGAGGCGGCUGGCUCGGACACCACCUUCACGGGCCUGAGCUUCGAGGUGGCCUCUGGCAAGAUACGGCUUUCUCGGUCACGGACGUGGAAGUUGAGGCUGGCCCUCCUGCACACGGCCUCCCGCGGGUGGGCCUCGGGAGACGAGCUUCGGCAUCUCCUUGGCCACUGGUGCUGGGCAGCGAUCCUGCGGCGCGAACUGCUGAGUGUGUUCGCGCAGACGUACAGGUACAUCGCCCUGGCCGGCUCCAGGAGGUGGAGGCUCUGGCCCUGCGUGGAGGCCGAGCUGCGGCGUGCCGCGGCCUUGGUGUGCUUCGCGCUCGUGGACGCCAAGCGGCCCUACAGCACGGUCGUGACCGCGUCCGACGCUUCGGGGGCCAGCCGCCACGACUUCGGCGGGUACGGCGCGAUGGAGACGGACUGGGACCUGGAGAGCGUGAGGGCCGCGGCCGGCCAGGCCGAGAAGUGGCGGUGGUGUGUCUCAGAUGCCAUCGCUGCUCGCGCCCAGACGCUCGGCCUGCCGCAGGUCGUUGGCUUCGUCAUGAGAACAUCCUGCGUACUGAGGGGCGAGGGGUUGUACUGGGGCUUCGGCAUCGUCUACGUUCCCGGGCGUCCCAGGGAGCUCGUCACUUGCGGGGCAGAGGCGGCCGGCCUCUGCGGCCUCGGGGACACCUGGCUGGACGAGCCUGCGGCGGCCUUGUGUCGGCGGGUCGAGCCAGCCGAGUCGCCGCCCAGUGGAGCUGCCGAGGAGGCGGCGGCCGCGGGCCUGGGCUACAUGCAGGCAUCGCGGGCACAGCCGCAGACGGUGGCCUACUACCGGGUCAUCCUGAGCGAGUUCGAGAGGUGGGCCGAGGAGCAGGACCUCAAGUUGGAGACGCCGGAGGAGAUGGACCAGGCCCUGUCCGCCCACAUGGACUCGCUCUUCUUCGAGGGCUACAAUCACGAUCAAGGAGAAAAGUUGAUAGCAGCCGUCAAGUACUACGACGUGCACGGGGUGUACCAGUCCGUGGAGGCGCUGCCCAGGGCCCGCGCAGCCUUGAGGGGCUUCCGCAAGCGGGCCCCGGGCCAGUCGCGGGCGCCCCUGCCGCGGCCAGGGCUGGCGGCUCUGGUGGGCGCUGCGCUGUUCUUGGGGAUGCAGGAGCUGGCAAUGGCCUUGGAGGUGGCGUGGUGCGCCUACCUUCGGCUCCCCAGCGACUUGAUCUCCAUGACCGGCUCUUCGCUCAUCCCGCCCCAGCGGUCCACGGGGGUGUCUCACUGGGCGCUGCUCCUGUACCACGAGGAGAAGCAGCCCAGGAGCAAGACCGGCCAGUGGGACGAGGGUUGCCCGCUGGACAGCGACAGGGUGACGGCGAUGGGGCCGCUGCUGCAGGCGCCGGUACGUCGUGCCGGACCGAGUCAGCCGUUGUGGUCCUUCUCAGCCGCGCAAUUCCGAGUGCUGUUCCGCAAGGUGGCGCAGUUGGCUGGCCUCCCGGACUUGAACCCCUACCAGGUGCGCCACGGAGCCGCCAGCGCCGACGCUCUCCACCAGAAUCGAGACAUGAAGACCAUCCAGGAGAGGCUGAGGCAUGCUCAGGAGUCGUCAACACGACGGUACAAAAAGCACACGAGGUAUCUCCGCGAGUUAGACCAGCUGGCGGCCGACACGAAGCAGUACGGAGACUACGUGGAUGCCAACUUCGAGGCGCUGAUCAGCAAGCGCAAG